AUGUUGGGUCCAACAUUGGGUUCGACGCCAUCGUUGGGUUCUUCAUCAACGCUGAGCCCGGGGUUGGGUCCCGCCGGCGCGGCGCGGCCCCGGCACGGCUGCGGGUUCUGCGGGAAGCCGUUCGGCAGCGCCAGCGCGCGGCAGAUCCACCUGCGCUCGCACACGGGCGAGCGGCCCUUCCGCUGCGACCUCUGCGGCGGCCGCUUCACCACCCGCGGCAACCUCAAGGUGCACCUGCGGCGGCACCGCGAGCGCGGCCCCGCCCCGCGCCGCGAGGGGGACGGCGGCGAG